CUACAAAUGUAUUGGCGUUUUAUUGGAUACUUCAAGGCCAAUAUCGACAUUCAAUUUUUGCUUUAGAAUUCGUUUGGAGAUAUUUCGCAUUUUGUUUGGCAAAUUUCUGUGUGCAGUCUUUUUGCGGAUAUUGACGUAUAUUAGCACAUAAAUAAACGUACUACAUUCAAAAUGGUCGAUUUAAGUGAUAAAGAUCUUAACGAUGUCCAUGAAACAUUCCUGCUUUUUGAUAGUAAAGGUGAUGAAAAAAUUGAUGCUAAAGAUGUCGGUGAGGUUGUACGUGCAUUGGGGUUAAAUCCAACCGAAUCAGACAUUGGAAAGUACGGUCAUCAAAGUAAUCCAAAUGAACGUAUCAGUUUUGAAUCCUUCGUCCCUAUUUAUCAUGGCCUAUUAAAAGAACAGGUGGAAGUUGAUCAAGAAGCGUUUAUUGAGUCAUUUCGUGUCUUUGAUAAAGAAGAUAAUGGAUUUAUUAGUGCAGCUGAACUUAGACAUUUGCUCACAGCUCUUGGUGAAAAACUUCGUGAUGAUGAAGUAGAUAUUUUAUUAGCUGGCUUGGAAAACAGUCAAGGUCUUGUACCAUAUCAAGCAUUUGUACAACGUAUAAUGAAUUGACAACUUCAAAAUGUGAAGAUCAAUAUAAAUAAAUGUAUCCGUCACAUUCCCUCCAUUUCAUGUAGGCGAUGAUCUGCAAAAUUCUUCGAUAGCAUCACAAUUCAACAAGUUGUUGUAUUAUAUAUUAGUGUUGUAUUAAUAUAUGCUUUAUUAUUCAACUGAAGUUUGCUUGUUAACACAAUAUAAUAAUAAUAAUACUGUAUUUCAAUCUACUUUGCUUUUAUUUUAAGUACAUAUAAAUAUAAAAACUUUUAAGUUUAAUACAAACAUACAUACAGCUAUCUAUUGUAAAAUAAAAUAUACAUCUGUGCAAC